AUCAACAAUCUAUUCUUUAGUCGAUAUCCUGAUGUCGAACAUAAUGAACGUUAUAUUUUUUUAAAAUAUAUGUGAAAUUCAUAUUGAACUCUCAAUAAUUAAAUAAUAAAAGUGAAAUUCAUUAUUUUAUCUUUUUCCAUAAAGUUUUUUUUCACGAUAAUAUCGAAAAUGAUUAAAUUAUUUCUUUUAACUAUUUUUCAAGCGAUGAUACUAAGUUAUGCAGUCGCUCAAAAUCAAGAAUCAACUUGCCAAUCAAUUAACGGUAGAAUCGGUAGAUGCAUCAUAAUACGUCAGUGUUCAGAAUUAUUGAAUAUACUUCAAACACGCCCCCUUAAAUCAGAAACUAUAGAUUUACUAAGGCAAUUGCAAUGCGGUUUUAAUGGUAAUAAUCCCAAAGUUUGUUGUCCGAUUCAAAAUACAAAUAUCGAUACAACGUAUCGAGACAAUAAUGAAAAUGAUAUAAAAUCGAAUCAAAACUCUAAAGAGCAAAACGAGCAAAAUACCGAUAAAAGUAUCGACGAUGAGAAUUUACAUUAUGAUUUUUCCAACAAUUCUUUGAUUCCAACCGAUUGUGGAAGUGAUUUGUCUCAAAGAAUUAUAGGAGGAGAAAUUACAGAGCUCGAUGAAUUCCCUUGGAUGGUACUUCUGGAACAUGCCAAACCGAAUGGAAAAGUUACAAUUUGUGGUGGAGUUCUUAUCAGUCGACGUUACGUUUUAACGGCAGCACAUUGCAUUAAAGGAAAAGAUUUACCAAUUACAUGGCGUCUAGAAAGCGUUCGUCUAGGCGAAUAUAACACCGAUACAAAUCCUGACUGUGUUCAGGACGAUGAAAAUACCUUAAUUUGCGCGGACGAACCUAUAUCGGUUGGGGUCGAAGAACAAAUGGCACACGAAAAUUAUCGACCACGUUCGAGAAAUCAGAAAUACGAUAUCGCACUUCUAAGAUUAUCCCGUGACGUUACAUUCACCAAUUAUAUAAAACCUAUUUGUUUACCAUCCACUGCUUCUCUUGGACAAAAACUGUUCGUUGCCGGGUGGGGAAAGACGGAGAACGGUUCAUCGUCGAACGUGAAAUUAAAAGUUUCUUUGCCUUUUGUCGAUAAACAACAAUGUCAAUCGACUUACGAUAAUGUGCAAGUAUCGCUCGGUUAUGGGCAGAUUUGUGUCGGGGGACAAAAAGGUAAAGACUCAUGUAGAGGAGAUUCGGGCGGGCCUUUAAUGACCGUGGAGAGAGAACGGAAUGGUAAUGGAAGAUGGACUGUCGCUGGUGUUGUUUCCUUCGGACCAUUGCCUUGCGGUAUGUUUGGAUGGCCUGGGGUUUAUACAAGAACAAUUGAUUUCGUACCUUGGAUACUCAGUAAAAUGAGACCUAGAAUACGAAGAAUACGAUAUCGUCUUUCAAAAUUAUUUCAAGAGAGAGAAAAAAGAAACAAUAACUUCGAAAUCGAUAUGAUUAAUCACUUAUGUUUAAUCAUGUUUGUAAUCUUAUGCGGGGUUGGUGCACAAGAUAGAUGUACCACACCACAGAAAAAAAUUGGUGUUUGCAUCGAUAUACGUGAUUGUCAACCACUGGUAAAAAUUCUUAAACAAAGACCAGUAUCAGUAGAAUCUGUUAAUUAUUUGAUCAGCUUUCAUUGUGGAUUCAAUGGUAAUUAUUCAAAAGUAUGUUGUGAAACACAGAAUCCAGUAAAAGAUGAAUCAAACUCAUCUGCAAUUUCUGAACCUCCGGAUGUCACGAAUCAUCCGAAUUUAUCAUUACUGAAUCAUGAUAUAUGCGGCCCAAUAACGGAGCAAAAAAUUUUCGGUGGUAAUACAACCGGGAUAUUUGACUAUCCAUGGAUGGCGUUACUCUUUUACGACACAGGAAAUUUAAUUCCGGAAUUUCGAUGCGGGGGAUCAUUGAUUAAUAAACGAUACGUACUCACUGCUGCUCAUUGUGUUACAUCGUUACCAUCUGAACUCAGAUUAGUCGGAGUACGAUUAGGAGAACAUAAUUUUAGAACUGAACGCGAUUGUGAGAAAGAAGCGGACGAACUUGAAGUUGUUUGUGCUGAGAAAUAUCAAGAUUUCAGUAUAGAGAAGACUCAUUUUCAUCCAAAAUUUUCACGAGGAAAAUUACAGAAUGAUAUUGCUCUGGUACGAUUGAACAACGACGCUGAUUUUAGACCGCAAAAUGUUCGACCGAUUUGCAUGCCAAUCGGAUCAGCCGCCAUCUUAUCUCAAAAAAAAGUAACAGUAACAGGUUGGGGUACAACUGAACUUGGAUUACGUAGUCAAGAAUUGUUACAAGUUCAUUUGUCAUUAGUAAAUAUAGAGAAAUGUGCACAAGUAUAUAAAGAAAGAAAAACACAAAUUUGGUAUAAACAAAUAUGCGCAGGUGGCAAAAAUGGUAUGGAUUCUUGUUCGGGAGAUAGUGGUGGACCACUCCAAGCCCCAGGAAUGUAUAAUAAUAAUCUAAAAUACAUUCAAUACGGACUUGUUAGUUUUGGACCCACUAAGUGCGGUCUAGAAGGAGUACCUGCAGUUUAUACUAAUCUUGUAUAUUACAUGGAUUGGAUUCUAAAUACUAUUAGCGCAUAAAAAAAGAAUGCUAUUAAUUUAA